AUGGGUCCACCUCCCGUUGUCACUGGCAUAUCACCAAAAGAAGGUCCUCCAGGAACUAGAGUAACAAUUCGUGGGGAGUUUCUAGGUAUUAGUGCAACGGAUUUAAUUGGACUCAAAAUAUGCGGCUGUGAUUGUCUCUUGUCAGCGGAAUGGAAGAGUAAGAACAAAAUAGUGGCUCGAUCAGGACCUUGCAAGGGUAGAGGUGAUAUCAUAGUUACUACAAAGUCUGGUGGAGAAGGCACUUCUACUGUGCAGUUUAGAGGAUACCAUGAAUCCGUAGGGCCUAUGAAAGAAAGUGCCGUCUGGGUAGAAGAAGCUGCACCACCAUCAGUGCCAUGGGGUCGUCGCCCCAUGUCCCCCACUGCUUAUACACCACCCGACCCGUUAGGUUUGUCCACGGAAGGUGAUGAUUGUAAGUUUCCUGAGGAGGAAUUACAUGAGCUGUUUCCUGAUGGAUCAGGAAAGCUUUCCGAUGAAAAUUUUCAACCAGGCUGGUACCUUUUGGAACACCACAGCAAUACAUCUUAUGAAGAUUUAAAAGCUGGUAUGAUUUUUCUUCAAAGAAAGGUUGAGGGCCAAAAGGAAGGUCAAUUGAGUUUUCUCAAAGCUAACACAGGGGCGGUGAUGGACCAAUUAGAUCGUUUGGUGCUUUUAAAAAACAUGUAUGAAGAAGAUCACAGGAAAAAUGGUAGAGAGCCUCUACCAAGCUUGCAAUCCGCUAUUGAAGAAUCAAUUUCAUUGGCUGAUUCCUUGUUCUCCGAGAUUUUAUCGCGGAAAGAGAACGCGGAUAACACUCGAGAGGCAUUGUCUCUACUUACGCGCCACAAGUUCCUUUUUCAACUUCCUUCGUCCAUCGACAAGAAUAUUAAAAAAAAGGAAUAUGAUUUGGUUGUUAACGAUUAUACAAGAGCGAAAAAUUUAUUUGGAAAUACUGAUGUCAAGCUCUUUCAAAAAAUAUUGGCCGAGAUAGACAAGAAAAUAGAAGAGUUAAAAGAAAAUCUGUAUAAUAGAAUGAAAACCAUGCCAAUUAAUGUUCAGGAACAAACCAAAUAUAUCAGGCUGCUGAUAAGUUUAAAUUGGGAAGGUGAUGCUGCUUGGACAGCUAUUUUAAGUCGAAAGGAUUAUUUGAUGGCACUUAUGAACAAAGUGAAAGAUCAUUUCAAACAAAAGGAGGAGCAAGAGUCAAAUGAAAAAGGGCGUCGCAGGGCGCGCGAGUGCGACUGGGGCGCGUGGCGCGCGGCGUGGUGCGGCGCGGCGUGCGGCGCGCUGGCGGCCGAGCUGCACGCGCUGUGGCCGCUCGCGCGCCGCUACUUCGCCGGCGACCUGGCCGGCGAACCUGCUGCACCGCAGCGACACGCCGACCUCAAGGAGAUGAUAAUCGCGGCGGUGGAGUCAUUCUCGGAGCAGAUGCGCGCGUGCCUACUGGUGGGGGGUGCGGGUAGCGGCGCGGGGGGCGCGGCGGGCGGCGCGGGCGCGGACGUGCUGCGCGCGCGCCUCGUCGCCAACCUGCGACACCUGCGCGACGCGUACGACUCGCUGCUCAAGCUAGACCUGCCCUCGCAGCCUCUUAGUAUAGUGGAGAAAGUGAUAUUCGACUACCGUGUGCACGGCAUGACCGUGUUUUUGCAACGCGCCCACAAACGAGUCAAGAGUCUCGCUGAAAAAGAAACUUGGAAGAUUGAAGAGUUCUCAGACUACGGUGCUAUUACUAAUCUGCCGCACUUGCUUGAGACGUAUAUGAACGAGGCAUUAUCGUCGAUACACAAGUGCGUGUUGAACAGCGGGCGACGUGAGAAUCCUCUGCUAAAUGAGGGCAGCGAGCCCUCAGCGGCUCUGCAGCGACACACGCAGCAAAUACUGCUCGCCUACGUGACCGUACUGCGCGAGUUAGCCUUGCAUCAUGAAGACCAGGACUUCAACAACACGAGCCUGUCGGUGGCGCUGGACCAGCGGCUGGACGAGUCGUGCGCGGGGGGCGCGGGGGGCGGCGCGGCGGGCGGCGCGGGGGGCGGCGGCGCGCGCAGCUGGCAGCAGCGCCUGCUCAUCGCCGGCGCCAACGCGCACUACACGCGCCGCCUCACGCUCAACAACAUCCUCGAAGCAUUCCACACCUACGGGCUCCCGAAACCAACACAAGCCAUACAAACUACAAAGGACGCAUUGAGCACGCUGGAAUCGAGCAUCGCGGAGACAUAUCUGGAACACAAGGGUGACCCACUUGUGGGCACGAUAGAGCCCAGCAUGUACAUGGGCCGUCAUCAAACUGACGCCGAAGCUUUGGUCGACGACGCCCGCCCUUAUGUCUACGAGAUUAUUAACAAUCUUAUUGCGGUGCAUGCAGAGGUGGACAGUGUGUGCGGCGCAGCGUCGACGCGGUACGUGCGCGACAUCUGCGAGACCGUGUGCGAGGAGCUGGCGCGCCUGGCCGCCUGCGCGCCGCGCCACGCCGCCGCACACGCCGCGCCCGCCGCCUUCCAGGCGCGCCUCGAGUACACGCUGCUGCGAAUCGCCGUCGCCGAACACCUCACCAGGAAGGCCGAAAAUUAUUUAAUGGAGGCUCUCGCAGGACUACCUCCUUUAGAAAACGAAGAGGAUAAGAAGAGAAUGGACAAUAUUAUACAAGGAUUUAAAAAGAGAAUGGAGCUUCAACUGGCGAGUCUUAAUUGCAACAUGGAGACUGUUUAA